AUGACAUCACCUCAGCCGCCUCGAGACGACUCCAAGACCACCGGUCGGGCAGGCAUUCCUAUCCCAACGGAGCUUGUCCUGCAGAUCGUGAAAGCCAUUGGCCCACGACCGAAGCCAAAGCCAGCAAAACAUCUAAGACUUCACGGUGCUCUCGAAGCCGAGGCCGACUCCGACUCCGAUGACCUGAAGAUAGUGGAUGACUAUUUUUACGAAAACCCCAAUAAGCCAACGCUAUCGAACGUUCUUGAAGGCAUUACCGACCUCAAAAAUUUGGCCAUCACAUGUAGGGCACUGUAUCAAACGUUGAGGUGUGUGCUUUACCAGCGAAGUGGACAAGAGGAUGACUGGUAUGCUCUUCGAUGGGCCAGUUUCAACGGCAACCUCCUUGCGUUGGAAGCGGCCGUCGAGGCCGGCGCAUCAGUCAACUACGCCUUUGAGAAGACCGGAACCCCAAUAGACAUGAUGAACUAUGGACGCGUAGAAAGCACUUUUGGAAGCAACUUCCCCAUACUGCAAAGGUCAAAGACGUACAACUUCGGCACACCCUUGCUCGCGGCGGCGUAUGGCGACGUCACCGGGCGACAUCAAGCAAUCAAGUGGUUGCUCUCUCACGGCGCCGACCCAAAUACCACAGACACCAACGGGAUCACGCCACUGCAUGUCGUAUGUAGAUGGGGCGUACGAGCGAGCGUGACCGUUGAGCUCCUUCUCAAGAAAGGCGCAGACGCCAAUGCCCUCGGCCCUCGGGGAUGGACGCCUCUCCACAUGGCGUGCUACGCGCGGAGAUGGCAUCCUGAUCCGGAGGACCCUCGACGAAUGUCUCAGCAAAAGCAGGACCAAGCCAUGAUACCUACUGCAAAGGCGCUGAUCAAAGCAGGGGCUGAAUUGCGGGCCAGAACGACCUUGGGCGGAGCGAAGGAGUCUGGCGAGCCCUACAUCGGUGGCUUGACGCCGUAUGAGUUGGCUCUUUACUGUCAGAAUGUUACAAUGGUCGAGUUCUUCCGUGAGCAGGAAGCGAUUGCUCCGACGAGUUUGGCCACUACCUCAAGGGCCGUCUUAUCUGCAAGCGGCUCAUCGACCCUCCACAUCCACGACACAGCCGACCCCACGAUCCCCAUCACGCAAUCCAUCAGCGGUGCACACAAGCUGGGCUGCCACCACAUCUGCACCUCCCGUAAUGGUCUGGUCGCCGCGAGUGCAGGCUUCGCCGGCGAGGUGAAGAUCUGGGUCAUCAACAAGGACACGAGCGAGUGGAAGCUCCACUCAGAGAUCACGAACAAGGCGGCCAAGGCCGGCGAGGUCUGGGCCAUUGCGCUUAGCGAGGAUGGAAAAUUCCUGGCGGGUACGACCUACGACGGCCGGGUGAAUGUGUGGGACGUUGGAGAAGAGGGCACGCCCAAGAUUAGAGAGUACGAGACGGGAAGCCCUGGCCAGGGAAGCUUUGGUAUGUCGGUCGACUUGAGCCGUGAUGGGCGAUACACUGCCAGUGGCCACCAGAACGGAGCUGUCUACGUCUUCAACAAUGACAACGGAAAGUUGUUGUUCUCACUACCAGGCCUGGUCAAAUCUGUCCGCUCUGUCUCAUUCUCCCCUGGAAACACCAGACUCGCUGCUGCUGGCGACUCAUCCGUUAUUGCUCUCUACGAUAUCAAGAAUGGCGAGCAAGUCAGCAACAUGACUGGCCACUCCUCAUGGAUCACAUCUGUUGACUGGAACGACACGGGUGAAUACUUGCUUAGCGGAGCGAUGGACGGAAAGGUCAAGGUCUGGUCAGUGGAGCGUAGCGCCUGUGUCGCGACGCAUAGCGAGACAGACAAGGCUUUGUGGGCUGUCAAGUGGCUCCCGAAGACUGGAAAGAACGAGUCUUUCUGUACGGCGGGCGCCAACAGGAGCAUUUCAUUCUAUAGAGAAGCUACUGGUGCAUAA